UUGAGAUUCACCAACAACAUGGAACCCAGAAACCAAACAGCAGUUUCAGAAUUCCUACUAUUUGGCCUGACAGAUGAUCCAGCAUUGCAGCUCAUUGUCUUUGGACUGUUCCUGUCCAUGUACCUGGUCACUGUCCUGGGAAACCUGCUCAUCAUCCUCGUCAUCGGCUCUGACUCCCACCUCCACACCCCUAUGUAUUUCUUUCUCUCCAACCUGUCUUUUACUGACAUAUCUUUAAGCACCAUCACAGUUCCAAAGAUACUGGUGAACAUCCAAAGACAGAGUAAGACCAUCAGUUACACAAGCUGCCUCACCCAGGUCUACUCUGCGCUGGUUUUUGUUGGAAUGGAAAACUUCCUCCUAGCAGCGAUGUCUUAUGACCAUUAUGUGGUCAUCUGCCAUCCACUCAGGUACACAGUCAUCAUGAAUCUGCACCUCUGUGUUCUUAUGAUUCUCUUCUCUUUGUGCAUCAGCUUUAUGGAUGCCUUGCUGCACAGUCUGAUGCUGCUGCGGUUGUCCUUCUGCACAGACCUGGAGAUCCCUCACUUCUUCUGUGAACUUGCUCAGAUGAUUAAGCUCUCCUGUUCUGACACCCUCAUUGAUAACAUCCUUAUAUAUAUUGCAGCUUGCAUAUUCGGUGGUCUUCCUCUCUCUGGGAUCAUUAUCUCUUAUACUCACAUUGUGUCCUCUGUCUUGAGAAUGCCAUCAACUGAAGGAAAGCACAAAGCCUUUUCCACCUGUCGGUCACACCUGUCUGUUGUCUCCUUGAUCUAUGGGGCAGCUUUUGGGGUGUACAUUAGCAAUGAAUUCUCUGACUACCCCAGAAAGACUGCAGUGGCUUCAGUGAUAUACUCUAUGGUUCCACAAAUGCUGAACCACUUUAUCUACAGCCUGAGGAACAGAGAUAUGAAAGAAGCCUUGAGGAAACUCAUUAGUAGGACAGCAUCUUUACUAUAA